AUGCCGGCGGCGCCGCUGCUCCGCCGCGCGGCGGCCGCGGGGGCGCCGCGCGCCGCGGGAGCCUCGCCGCUCCCCGACGGGGCCUCGCUCCGCGGCGGGCUGAGCCCGGCGGUGGGCUCCGCGGGGGAGCACGAGUCCGACGUCGUCGUGAUCGGCAGCGGGCACGGCGGUCUCGCCCAGCGCGGGCGCUCUCGCCGCCGCCGGCAGGUCGGUGACCGUGCUGGAGUCCCACUACCACGCGGGGGGUGCCGCCCACACGUUCAAGGCGAAGGCCAAGGGCGUGGACGGCGAGUUCCAUCCGUGUGCUGGGGCCGCCGGCGGCAGCAGGAGCGUUCCUCCUCGCCGGUCAAGCACAUAUACCAGAUCCUCGGCGAGGAGCCCGAGUGGAUCAAGUACGACAGAUGGAACGCCUUCAUCCCAGAGGGGGAGGCCAACGCGGAGAUCGGCUACGACGAGUUCGUCUCCGAGCUGCUCCCCAGAUUCGGCGGCCCGGAUGCGCCCGCGCAGUGGAGGCGCCUCAUGACCAACAUCAUGCCGCUCGCGGAUGCUAUCGUUAACGGCCCGCCCCCGUCCUUCGUCCGCGAGGACGCUGGAGUCCUCGUCACGCUGGGCCGGUACUUCCCCAAGCUCAAGAUGGCAGUGCUGGUCCUGCCAGUGGGGGGAGCUGUCGUGGGCCAACCUGUCACCAACACUCUCUGGUCUGGCAGCAAAGAUCCCGACAACCGGUCAGAGUAUUUCAUCUCAGCCGGAAACGAGAGGGAGUACAAGGAAAGUACGUACCACGUCCACGCGCGCUGCGGGUCCGAGUGCGGAUCCGGGUGCUUGCUCUUCAGGUGGAUCGAUGGCUGGGCCGUCCAUGUCGUUGAGGUACUUGAGAGCUGCCUGCACCCGCUGCUCGUGCGGGUCUCCUUCAUCGUGACCGUGACCACCACGCGCGCGAAGAGGACCACGCGCAGAGACGACCCGGAGGGAUGUGGUCCCCCGUCGCCUGGCUUGGCAUCCGUCCACUCCUUCCGCUGGGUCACCACCUGGGUUGUGACUUCUGGGUCUUUGAGCACCAUCGCGAUCGUGAACCGAUCCGCCAGCUCGGCGAUCGACCUGUCGUGGGCCACCAACAACUGCGCCAUGGCUCGCUGGGCGCCUCUGGGGCGCGCGCCGGCCUUGGCGUGA